AUGUCUUCAACUCAAAAAGAGCAAACCUAAGUAUCUGAAAUUCCUAAUAGCCCUUAAAAAGAGGCUUCUAAAAAAACAAAGGAUUUAGAAAAUAUUAUAAAAUAGUAUUUACUUAAAUUUAUUAAGAUUAGUAAUUGCUCAAAGACUUCUCAAUGCAAACAUGAUGAUGGGUGCAUUUUGAAUGUUAUUGUUAAAACAAUUAAAGGACUUAUUCUUGGAUUCUCUGCCAAGACAGCAUUGAAUUUAGUAGGUCUUCUAUUGAAUUUUAAGAAAAUUAUGAAGAAUCCUCUUAGCAUUUUCAGUAUUUUUAAUGAUUCAGUCAGAUUUGGAUGCUUCCCUGGCGUUUUCAACCUGGUCAUGUAGUCUACUCUCUGCUUAUUGAGGAGACAAGGAUGCAAUUAAACCCUACAAUACUUUUUGAGUGGCUUUUUAGCUGGCUUCCUUUCUCUUGCCACACGCUAGAAAAAUAAUAGGUCAGUUUGGGGUAUUUUCCUUCUUUCAAGAGGACUUGAAUGCUUCUAUCAUUCCAUGGCUAACAAGGGAAUCAUCAAGAAAAGAAAUAUAGAUUAUACAAUACUAUUUAGUGUUUUGAUGGUCUUCGUAGGAGGCAUAGGAUAUGCUUAUGAGCCAUUAUGUCUUCCUCCAGGAAUCAAUAAAUUUUAUAGACUCGUAACAUGUGAAGAUGAUACAGACUUAACUUUCAGAAAAUGUUGGAUAGAAAUUAGAAACAAAAAGCUUUCAUAGUACGGAAUAGCUCCUUAAAACCCACUUGAAGCUCUACUCUUACAAAAGAAGAGCAGAAAGCAUUGA